AUGGCGCUGGAAACCGUUCAAAGGAUGAUGGACGACGAAGAAUUGGAGGAUGGGGAGGUCAGCGAUUCCGACACCGACAUGAAAGUAGCGGCCACCGGCGACAAGGCCCAGCAGCAGCAGCAGGUAUAGAAAUAUGAUAAUGUCCCAGGUCUCACGCACAGUGACAGUUUAUAUAUAGAACCAUUGCCGGCAGUGCUGACCGAGCUACCAGCAGCAGGAUAUACAGCUCACUGACACAUAGAGGAGAACAGCAACAACCCUGUGACAGCAGCUUUACACACAGCACUUUACUAAUGGGAGUAUUGUGGGCCUUUGUUCAUUUACUCUUAUCUUAAUAAUCGUUUUAUUAAUCUGUUAGUGACAAUAUCUGAGAAACUGAAGUUAUUCAGUAACCUGACUGGGUUUUAUUCAUUAAAGUAAAAAAUUCAAAGGAAAUUUCAAAUUUAAAGGGACACUAUAGUCACCAGAACUGCAGCUUUUUGUAUUUGUUCUGGUGAGUAGAAUCAUUAACUUCAGGCAUUUUGCAGUAAACAUGGUCUUUUCAGAGAAAAUCCAGUGUUUACAUUACAGCCUAGUGAUAACUUCACUGGCCACUCAUCAGAUGGCUGUUAGAGGAGCUUCCUGGGACCAUUGAAUGUAUCCACACUCUGAAUGCAGACACUAAACUUUCCUCAUAGACAUGGAUGCAUUGUUUUAAUUCAUAUUAAUGAGGAGAUGCUGAUUGGCCAGGGCUGUGGUUUCACUUGUGCUGGCACUGCCCCGAUCUGCCUCCUUGACAAGCUCAGCCAAUCCAAUGCUUCCAUAUGAGAAAGUCAGCCAUGCAGGCAGAUCAGGUGCAGAGCCAGCAGCAGCAAACUGAAAUAAAGGCAAGAUUUUACUGUAUUUAAGGGAACAAGGGGGAAAGAUUGUGUUUUUAACAUUAUAGGGUCAGGAAUACAUGUUUGUGUUCCUUACCCUAUAUUGUUUCUUUAGGUUCAAAUAGCUCAACUGGAAACUUUCUCUAAACUGUCAAUGCUAUCACCUUUAGCUACUCUGUCCUAAAUCGUGAAUUUACUUUGAAUUCUUACUUUAGUAAUAACACUGUCAGAAUUUUCACAGUUAAAAUGACUAUGGCUAUGAGUUUAGUGGAAAUUUCUUUUUAUUCUUUGGAGUAUUAGUUCUAAAAUAUACAUGUUCUUUAGUAAGCAAAUGAGAGCAUUGCUUUUACAAGAAUUUUAACACCAGUAUUUUGAUUUUGUUCCAUAAUUUUAAACUUGCAAAAAUAAAUAAAAGUGCACUCACUGGACUUAUUUUCAAUUCCUGCCCUUUUUUCUCCACAGCAGUAAUAAACACAGUUGUCGCACUGUGGCCAUAAAUAUACUGAGAUAUCGAGUGCAGGUCCCUUAUUUUAAUCUCUCUCAUCUUGUGUGUAUGUAUAUGUAAUGGUUUUUUAAUUUAUUAUAAUAACACUGUAAUUCAGUUUAAAUUUUAUUUUAUUUUUUCUGAUUUAUGUUAAACUUUUUGUUAUUCCUCCUUUUCCAGAAACUUAAUUACAGAAGUAACACUCAUCUUCCAUCCAGUAUCCCAUACCGUUCCAUUAAGGGACUGGAUUCUAGUGACGAUAGCCUUUCAGAUUCUGGUGACGAAGAUAUAGCGCCAUGGAGACGAAAACGUCAGAAAUCUUCUCAUCCGCCUCCAGAAAUUUCCAGGCCAGCUUUUCCUUUUGUUCCAGGCCAGGAGAGACAGACUGGGUCAUCAGGUGCAAAACUAAACAUCUGGGCUAGUGUUUUACAAGAACAGACACAAGAGGCAGUAGCAUCUGAGCUUGGUAUAAUGGACAUGGAAGGCCAAAUAGACAUGAGCAGACAGUCUGAAACAUAUAAUUAUAUCCUAGCAAAGAAAAUGAUGGAGAAGGCAAACCAAGAGGAACAAUUAAAACUUGAUAAAGAAUUGGAUGAAUACAUGCAUGAGGAUAAGGAUUCUGUACCAAAAGAGGACAAUGGUCAUUUAAAGAGAAAGCGACCUGUAAAGGACAGGCUUGGUGCUCGGUUAGAAAUGGAUUACAAGGGGAGAUAUGAAAUAACAGAGGCUGAUCCAGAAGACAAAGUAGCAAAUGAAAUUGCGUAUAGGUUAGUAACUUAUUAUAGUUAUCUAUGCUGGAGGAAAAUCACAAGGCAUUAUGGUCAUUCAGCAUAAUGUACAUUGGUACAUUAAUCAUCAAUUACUCUUGGCCUACGUCUCAAUAAUGGGUACAUCGGCUUAGUUUUGAGUUGGACUUUUGGUAGCUGACCCUCUGAUAGACCAUUCUAUUGUGUGGCUUUCCUGAAGCCACUAAAUAAAUGUAUUUCAGUAUUGCAUAAACAAUAUUUUUAAAUGUCAUGCAUACCAGUAUGUGAUGUAUGUAACAUCUCUGAGAGAUCAAACUUGGACAGAUUUUGUGCACACUCACUUAUGUGCACACAAUCUCUCCAAGUUUGAUCUCUCAGAUGUCACGUACAUCAACUGCACAAUACAUGAAUAAAUGUCUUGAUUCCACUAGCCUUAACUCUGAAAUAGCAGAAUAUAGCAAAAAAAAGCUCUUAGAAAUGUCUUAUCUUAUGAUUACAACUGACAUUUAGUCUUUCAUAACUGUUGAUUUGUAUGAAAAACUCAAAUGAUAAUGCCACUUUAACCCCUUAACCCCUUAAGGACACAUGACAUGUGUGACAUGUCAUGAUUCCCUUUUAUUCCAGAAGUUUGGUCCUUAAGGGGUUAAGGACACAUGUCAUUAAGGGGUUAAAAAAUAGCCCAGUGACCUGCUCUUAAUUCAAUCCAUAGCAAAGUAGAUUAUACAAAAUAACUUUAGUUUUCUCCUUCUUAGAGGAGUCAAGACUGCACUAGGAUAAGGUGACCUGCUACAGCAAACCAAUUAUUGUGGGUGAUUGCCUAGGACUUGACGAGUGUGAUGUGCUUAUUCCAAACAAUGGAGACACACUAAAAUAGCAUGGGGUUGCUAUCCGCAGGGUUUAAGAUCCGCUUGAAUAAACUGAGAACACUUAAAGGACCACUCUAGGCACCCAGACCACUUCAGCUUAAUGAAGUGGUCUGGGUGCCAGGUCCAGCUAGGGUUAACCCCUUCUUUUAUAAACAUAGCAGUUACAGAGAAACUGCUAUGUUUAUAAAUGGGUUAAGCCUUCCCCCAAAGCCUCUAGUGGCUGUCUCAUUGACAGCCGCUAGAGGCGCUUGCGUGCUUCUCACUGUGAUUUUCACAGUGAGAGCACGCCAGCGUCCAUAGGAAAGCAUUGUGAAUGCUUUCCUAUGCGACCGGCUGAAUGCGCGCGUAGCUCUUGCCGCGCGUGCUCAUUCAGCCGACGGGGGAGGAACGGAGGAGGAAUUUGAGGAGGAGAGCUCCCCGCCCAGCGCUGGAAAAAGGUAAGUUUUUACCCCUUUCCCCCUUCCAGAGCCGGGUUGGGGCACCCUCAGGGCACUAUAGUGCCAGGAAAACGAGUGUGUUUUCCUGGCACUAUAGUGGUCCUUUAAAGUUGGAGGUUGUUGCACCAUAACUUAUUCAAAGAACUAAAUUAGUUGUGUUGCAGCCACGCAGUGAUACUAUUUACUGCUUUAUAAUGUGAUGUCUUAUUCACAUGGUGAUUGUAUGAAAAUAUUUCAGCCUUUGUAGUACGGCAGUAGAUAUUGCGACUCAAUGGCAGAAGGUUCUCAUGAGUGCUAUCACUUGGGUUAUUGUCACUUAGAUGAGCAAAGGUGCAAAAAAAACGACUGUCACAGUGCUGACAAGAUAACUUUCUGGUUUCAAGCACUGUUCGCUUAGUAACACAAACUGAUAUUAGACAUGUUAGAUGUAACCUUUAUAAAAAGAAAAAUGAAUACACAAAUUUAAGUGAGCUGAUCUUCUAAAUGUUAAGCAUGGGUUAAUUUAUACAACCUAACUUGUGUAAUGUAUUGGUGAGUUACUUCCUUUAUGUAAACAUAAGGGUGAAGGUUGUGCUCAUCAAACAUCUGAAAAAAUCUAACUUACUUGUGUGGGUGUGGGGAGAGGGGAAUUAUUCAUAUACUUGAAUAGCUGUUUUAACUGUAAGCUGUUCUGCUUUAAAACAUGCAGACGUGACUUUAAAUUGAACCUGAUCAAGCAAAUCUGUCCAUAUUAUUUUAUUUCAAGAGAGAAUUUGUUUUCAUCACUUGAGGAGAAAUAAAAUAUGCUCACUUUGCUUCACAUCACAGAUUAAUGUUUCAACAGAUCAUGUCCAAAACCUAGGAAGCAUGUCCACAAAUAUUUCGAGUGGUGUGUUUAAUUUUUCUUUGUUUUUGCUUUCUCGUCCAGACUUCAAGAGCCCAAAAAAGAUCUAAUACAGCGGAUAGUGAAAACAGUUGGAACAAAGAAGGCUAUCGAGCUUCUCAUGGAGACUGCAGAGGUGGAACAGAGUGGCGGACUCUUCAUUAUGGUGAGAGAAACCUAAAUUCAGUAUGGGUAACUAGCAAUAUGUCUUGAUUUUAUUAGUCAAUAUUUUAUUAAACAGUGUACACCAGCUGACUUGCAUGCCUACCUUACCUCUACUGUUAUAUUCGUGAACGUUAACCUCAUAAUUUGCCUAGCCUGAACUAAUUCAUGACAAGUUAUGUUAAGUUUGAAUCCACGCUCUCUUCACAUGACUAUGCCUAGUGUUGGCCACUGUAUGCACUACCAACUAUUUACCUUGUUUCUGAUAUACUAUAAAAUAGGGCAAUGUUUUGCCUUGUAUCGUAGUCCGCAUCGGGCAAGCUCGCUCUCGCAUAAACAGUUACAUCGGGAAGAUAGCAUUCGCUCCAUAGCAUCUUAAUCCAUCUUAUUAAAAACAGGAUUCUCUUGAGCGACUCACAAACCUGGACCAGCUACACUAGUCAGCUGGUAUAGUUACCAUUACACUAGACACAGCAUCUUAAUGUUAUUCCAUAAGCAGAAAGUUAAGCGACAUUAUUUCAUUUCAUUUCAGCUUACAUUGUUAUGAAUAUGCCUAAGUAAUGACGAUCGAUACUGUAUACCACAUAACUCAACUUUAUGAUCAACCCUGUACCUCUAUGUUUAAAUGUUUUAUAGUACGCUGGAGGAUUGCCUUUGGGGUACCUCACAAGCGAUUGUACUAAGCUUAUGCACUACAAAAAUAAAGAAUUUAAAAAAAAUAUAUAUAUUUUAUUAAAUAAUUACUUGAUAAUAUUUCAUAGAUUAUGCAAUGUAUAUAAGGGGAAGUGUAGAUUACUAUCUUUUGGCAAGUUGCUCCAAACCUGUUUAACUUCUCAAUAUCUAGAUUUUGGAAAGCAGCUUCCGAAUUACCUUCAGCCAGUCAUUGGGGUGUCAUUAGCCAGACCGGAACAAGAGUUGAAAUAGUUAUAUGCUACAUAACAAAACAUGUACACAUUUCUGAUAUUGUCCCAUUGGCACCUGCUGAGAUAGGGCACUGUUUGUGAAUUAUUGGAUUUUAAAUGACUGACAUGAGAAUAAAGUUUGCUUUUUGUUACUACUAAUCCAGAAGAUCUUUUUCUUUUGGAAUGUAUAAGAGUUCCAGGCUGGCUAAUAUCAAUACUAUACAUGUUUUUGCACAGAGUGUCACAGCUGAGAGCGCCAAGCUGAUGCAUUUACUCAAUGAAUGGCCAACUCUAUCAGACUCUGGCUUCUGCAACUCUGCAGAAACCAAAUGUAUUCAAAGCAAGCAGAAGAGGGGACCCAGCUAACAGGGAAAAACCUUGAAAAACUGUUUUCCCCAUUACUGUGAAAUUUACGCUAGGUUACUUGUACCAUUGUAAGCACAACUGCGUUAUUAUGCCUGUAAUAACCCUUUAACUCCAUAGAGAAGUACAUUAUAACCCAGGGCUUGACAUAUUUGUUUGGAAUCUAGGGGACAGCUAAAAAAGUUAGGAGCAAGUUUUUUUUACUUUUAAAACUAGCGAAGUUUAAUUUGCAACAAGCAAUAUACAGUUCUUAAACGGACACUAUAGUCACUAGAACCACUACAGCUUAAAGAGAAACUCCAGUGCCAGGAAAACAACUUGUUUUCCUGGCACUGCAGGUCCCCUCUCCCUCCCACCCCCCAAUCCCCGGUUGCUCAAGGGGUGAAAACCCCUUCAGUGACUUAUCAGAGGCAGCGACAUGUCCCACGUCGCUGCUUCUUCCGCCGCUCCUCCUCUGCAUUACGUCGGCCUGUGGGCGAGACUGACCCCGGCCACCAGCUGGGGAGACCUAAUGCGCAUUAGAGCUCCCCAUAGGAAAGCCUAUGGGGAAUUGAGCGAUGCUGGAGGUCCUCACAUAGCGUGAGGAUGUCCAGCGACGCUCUAGCGCAGGUUUUCUGUGCUAUGAAUCAGGAAGUGCCCUCUAUUGGCUGUCUAGUAGACAGCCACUAGAGGUGGAGUUAACCCUGCAAGGUAAUUAUUGCAGUUUAUGAAAAAAACUGCAAUAAUUACACUUGCAGGGUUAAGAGUAGUGGGAGUUGGCACCCAGACCACUCCAAUGGGCAGAAGUGGUCUGGGUGCCUGGAGUGUCCCUUUAAUGUAGUUGUUCUAGUGCCUAUAGCCUGUCCCUGAAGCCUUUUUAUGGAAAAGGCAGUGUUUACAUUGCUGCCUAAUAAGACUUCUACUGACAGUCACUCAGACAGCCACCAGAGUCUUGUGUCAGUGCUGCACAGUGUGAAGCUCCAUUGUUCCACAAUCUAUCCGCUUUAGCUAAAGAGCUGCAAAUCCCAGACGCCAGGGCGAAUUUUCGAUUUGUCGACCCCUGGCAUAACUCAAUAAUUACAACAAACAUAUGUUAUAAAAUGCAUAAUAUGUGAUUAAUAUAUAAAUAUUUAAUCAGUUUUCAUUAUUUUAUUUUUCUUUAUUUAAUCCCUUUUAUUUUAUUUAAACGUACCAGGUAUGUCCACCAAAAAACAGUUGUUAAUGACCGCAGACGUACCUGGUACGUCAUUUAGUCAAUCGCCACGUGCCUGAUCGCGAUACUGAGGUCUGCCUGGGAGCUCAGGCAGUCCCGCACUGCCCGAUCCGUGCCAUGUGAUCGAAGGGUCCUCACGAUCACUUGGCCGGAAAAGCCGGAAACUGUAAAUGUACACUUCAAUGAUCCAUAUGUGUCAACUUCUUUAAUUACAAUAAAUCCCAAUCUUGUGCAUGCAACAGGCCUGAGCGUUAAUAGCGUAAUAGUGGAGUACACAAUACUCACUAGUUGGAUAACAAUCAUAUUGAGUUUUAAGGAUAUUAGCCUAGCCCAAACUGGUGGGCACCAAUUACCACACUCCAGAUGAUGUGUAAGUAUAUCCAACUACGAACCAACAGGUCCCUACUGCUCCCAAGGGACUGGCCAUCAUCUAACUGGGCCAAAGAGAUGGCAGCUUAACCCAAAGUGUGAGUUCCAAUCCCACCCCCCUCCGGUAUACAUCAGGUUGAAUGUAACCUAUAUACAACUCCAAAUUAAUAUACAUAUAUUUAAAUCAAAAUACAUUUAGAAUGACGUUAUAAAUACAUAUAUUACAUUAACAUAGAAUGUGACGGCAGGUAAGAACCAUUCGGCCCAUAUAGUCUGCCCAAUUUUCUAAAUACUUUCAUUAGUCCAUGGCCUUCUCUUAUAGCUACGAUAGCCUCAUGCCUUUCCCACGCAUGCUUAGACUCCACCUCUACCACUCUAGCUGGAAGGCUAUUCCGUGCAUCCAUUACCUUCUCAGUAAAGUAUUACUUCCUGAUAUUAUUUUUAAACCUUUGUCCCUCUAAUUUAAGAAUAUGUCCUCUUGUUGUGGUAGUUUUUCUUCUUUUACAUAUGCUUUCCUCCUUUACUGUGUUGAUUCCCUUUAUGUAUUUAAAUCUUUCCUCCAAGCUAUACACGUCCUUAACAGAAACGGUUGUUAAGGGUACGUCCGCGGCAAAUAGGAGCCCUGGACUUACCCGGACUGGCGAUCACGGUGGGAGGGGACUGCUGGAGACCCCAGCAGUCCCCCUUCAGCAGCUCCGGUCGUCCAGGUGAUCACAUGGCCGAAAUAGGAGUCUAUGGAGCUGCCAGCAGGUGAACUGUCUGAGCUGUCAGGCAGUCCCCCAGGCUGCUAAAAACUAAAAAAAUAAAAUAAAUAUACAUAUUAUAAAAUUAUUAAAGCAUUUUAUAAUAUACAUAUAUAAUGCAUACAUAUGAUUUCAUUAAGUGUACUUUAAGAGAAUAUAUAUAUAUAUAUAUAUAUAUUCUAAAAUGCUUUAAUUAUAAUAUAUUCUACAUAUAUAGGAAAUAAAAGUGUGUAUGUAUGUGAUGGCAGAUAGGCCUAUAACAUUUAACCCCAGGGGGAGUAUGUGUUGUAGGCACAAACCACUGUUUAGUUAUGGGCCCCUGGGUUGGAGCAUUUGGAGAGCAGGGUGGGCCAAUGCUCCACUCCGCAGUUUGCAUACAACUGGGAGAAAUAAGUUCCAGGCCAGAGCUUUGAUCUGUCUCCAACCCACUGCUCAGCUGCAGAUAAUCAGAUGCAGCAGUGGGAAUAAACCCCUCCCUGCUAGGCAGAUGAAGGGGGAUUGCUGGCUUCCUCCCUGGAAGCGGGUAGGAGAGACGCUGUUCUCUCCUGUGAGGGAGUCAAGGAGACUGAGCACUGGGUGUGAAGAAGGAAAGUAGUCAAGGCUGGCUUGGAGCACUGGGUGUGCAGAAGGAAAGCAGUCAAGGCUGGCUUGGAGCACUGGGUGUGCAGAAGGAAAGCAGUCAAGGCUGGCUUGGAGCACUGGGUGUGCAGAAGGAAAGCAGUCAAGGCUGGCUUGGAGCACUGGGUGUGCAGAAGGCAAGCCAGUCAAGGCUAGCUUGGAGCACUGGGUGUGCAGAAGGAAAUCAGUCAAGGCUGGGUUGGAGCACUGGGAGUGCAGAAAGGAAAGCAGCAGGCUAGCUGAGAGCAUUGGAGUGCGGAAAGGAGAGAGAAUUUAGUUUUCUUUCUAGUAGGAAUGGAAGCCACAUGCUAACUGAGUGUGAAGUGCAGAGAUCUGAGAAAGGCACUAGGUUGGUGAAACCAAUUCUUGUUCUGUUCUAGUUAAACCCUUGAGAGAUAGGGAACUUGAUGUUAGUUAGUGCUCAGACCGAACUAGGUUUUUGUGUAUAGGGAUUUGUGUUAGUUUUUUUUUUUUUUCAUUUGCUGCUGUAUCUGUGGUGGAGUUUAACAAUACAUUUGCCUGGAUUAUAUGAAAACCAAAGGACUGUGCUUGUUGUUUACCCUAGAGGACUGUGCUACCUGCAGACAAGGAUCACAAUAUAUAGUGUGUGUGUGUGUGUAUGUAUGUAUAUGUGUAUAUAUAAUAUUCGCUCGCUCGCUCGCUCUCUAUCUAUGCGUAUUAUAGACACAGUCCAGAGAACUUAAUUGGCCAGCACUAUAUUUAACCUCGUAACAAUCCAAAACACCAUAAUCUUUUACAUGGGUGGUAUUGUUAUACUCUGGAGACUUUGCUGAACACAAAUGAGUGUUUACAACAGUAAAACUUAACACGACUAUAAAUCACCAGUAAAUGUGCUGUUUUUGUGUGUGUGUUUAAAAAAAAAAAUAUAUAUAUAUAUUUUCGACCGAUUAUCGGUUUUACCGAUAUAAUCGGACGAUAUUCGGUAUUUUCGGCAAUAUCGGUAUCGGCCAAUUCAGAUGCCGAUAAUACCUCCUAGGACCGCUGGGCUCAUUACAAGCCCGGCGGUCCUGGGGGGGGGUGGGGCGGAGAGCAAGCGCUUACUCACCUCCCAGCAGCUCCCCAGUGUAACUCUCGCGAGACCCGCGGCCGUCAGAGCUUUGCCAUGCUGGCCGCGAGAGUUACACUGGGGAGCUGGAGUAGCUGCUGGGAGGUGAGUAAGCGCUUGCUCUCCGCCCCCCCCAGCUCAGCCAAUACCACUGGACCACCAGGAACUGUCAUAUCCCGACUCCCUGGCCAGGCAACAAGCAGGGAGGGGGGACAACAAAAAUAAUUAAAUAUUAAAAUUUAUAAAAAAAAUGCCCCCUCACACACACACACACACACUCCAUUAUUUACACAUACACUACACAAACACACUGUGUAUAUAAUGCAGUGUUUGUAUAGUGUGUUUAUAUAAUGCAGUGUGUUUAUAUAAUGCACACUACACAAACACACUGCAUUAUAUACACACACUAUACAAACACACACACUACGCAAACACACUGUAUAUAAUGUAGUGUGUAUAUAUAAUGUAGUGUGUGUAUAUAAUGCAGUGUGUGUUUGCAUAGUGUGUUUAUAUAAUGCACACUAUACAAACACACUCUGCAUUAUAUAAACACACUACAUUCAUUAUAUACACACACACUACACAAACACACACACUUUACAUUUAGUAUAUACUGCAUUCACUUUACGCACACUACCCACACACUACACAAACACUCUGCUUUCAUUAUAUACACACUGCAUCCACAACACACACUAUCACACACACUACACUGCAUCCACAACACACACUACACAAACACACUGCAUCCACAACACACACUACACAAACACACUGCAUCCACAACACACACUACACAAACACACUGCAUCCACUACACACACUACACAAACACACUGCAUCCACUACACACACUACACAAACACACAAUGCAUCCACUACACAAACACGCAAUGCAUCCACUACACAAACACGCAAUGCAUCCACUACACAAACACGCAAUGCAUCCACUACACAAACACGCAAUGCAUCCACUACACAAACACGCAAUGCAUCCACUACACAAACACGCAAUGCAUCCACUACACGUGUCAUGUAUAUUUUGUGCAUUUACCUUUAGAAAUAGUUAGAUUUUUUUUUCUUUCUUCAAAAUGGUGUGUGUGUGUAUAUAUAUAUAUGUAUAUGUGUAUAUAUAUAUAUAUAUGUGUAUAUAUAUGUAUGUAUAUAUAUAUAUAUUCUCUCUCCUACACCAACAACAACAACAACAACAAAAGACUGGACAUACCCCUUUUUUGAAUACCCUGGGUUGUCUAAUUUUUCAAAUAGUAUGUCAUGGUGGAGUUAAUUUUAAUUACUAGCCUGCCAUACAGUCUCAAAGGCAACGUAGCCAAUCUGGCAAAUAGCAAUUUCCAAUAACAGAAAUUGGCAAAUCUUAUGUUUGUCCCUGUAGCUUUCGAAAUCACCAUAAAACUUGUACUUAAGCGGUACUGUUGUACUCUUAAGACAAUACUCGACACAAAUAUGAGCCGUUUUAGAGCCGUAAAAUGUAUUCUACUGAUAUCAUUGGUGAAAUGGCAGUUUGUGUGAAAAAUGCAAAAAAAAUAAAUAUAAAUGCUAAUUUUGGCCAGGGUUUGUGACUAAGUAGCUACUAAAAAAGACUGGACCUAUACCCUAUUUUGAAUACCGUGGGUUGUCUACGUUUACAAGUGGUAUUCCAUGAUGGGGUUCAUUUUCAUUCCUGGGCUGCCAUACGGUCUCAAAUGCAACAUUAGCCCUGCAAACCAAUCUGGCAAAUUUUAUUGUGCAAACAUGGAAAAGGGGAAAGCCCUACAUUUGACCCCUGUAAGUUUGCAAAAACCCAUAAAACCUGUACAUUGGGGGCACUGUUGUACUCAGGAGAUGUUGAUGAAUACAUAUUGGGAUCUUCUUUGUCAGUAACACAUAACAGGAACCGAGAAUCCAUGCCUAAAGUACAAUGUGAGAGAAAAAUAACACUAAAAAAAACUGACUACCCAAAAGUUUGACAAAGAUUGGUGGUAGGAUUAGUGCAUGGAAAGUGUUAAUAUACCACCAUUUGAAAUAUCCUAGGGUGUCUACUUUUCAAAAAUAUUUGGCUUCAUGGGGGUAAAUGACAUUGGCCAGCUUGGGUGCAUGAUGACCAGCUGAGAACUCCAAGCUAGAAAAACUGGAAUGCGCACCCUCCAAAUAAGAUCUUUAAGCUCCCAGAAAACCCAACACACACAUACAUGGGGGGUAUCACCCUACUCAGGACAUGUCGCUGAACACACAUUGGGAUGUACUUUGGCAGUAACCCUUAAAGUUCUCACUCCAUGUAUUCUUAAAUUGCUAUGUGGUAAAAAAAAAAUCUCCAAUUUAUUUUUUAAAGUUUAAUACCUUAGGUUGUUAAAAACACUACAUAUAUGCUCUCCUAUAGAACAAGGAGAACACACAUUCUCACUUACAUCAGAGGCGGCUAUAAGUCCCUUCAUAAUGCAAACAUUAACAUAAAAACUCAUAUUGUUAAGGGCUAAGGUCCACUAACUGACCUCCAAGCGGGAGCAUAAGAAGGGUUGAUCUUGGCCGGCUUAUUCUUAUACCAUUAAAUUCUCAUUCUAUCCAUGUACCAUAUAGUUGGGACACAAACUAUCUUUUCUUGAGCAAAGAAAGAAAACUUCAACCUAUGUAUUACCACGAAACUACUACCAAAAUUAUCAUUGUACCCAGUGAAUGUAUUCCACCUUUCUGAGAAGUGUAUCAAACUUAUAUUUCACUUGUCAAAGUGUUAUUUUCAUAUAGAGAGAAUUCUUUCAAAGUUUCUGCAAAGUUUAACCAUUCUUAAUCAAUUUCUAAAUCUUACACUGUGCAAAAAAUAUUCAUGUAUUAUAUCUCUUCUUGUGCUCCAGCUUUGUGGAUUAUGUUGCACUAACCAAUACCUGUGAGAGAAAUAAAUUCCUACUACCGUAUAUACUAGAGUAUGUCGAGUUUUUCAGCACAUUUUUUGUGCUGAAAAAGCCCCACUUGACUUUUAUACUCGAGUCAAGGUCUGUAUUGUGGCAAUUUACAUUGCCAUAAUACAGACUAGGACCGCCGGGCUCAUUACUAGCCCGGCGGGCCUGUUGGGGGCUGUUACAUAUCUUAGUAGCAGCUCCGGUCAGCUCCUUUCACCUCCGUGCAGCUCCCAGUGUAAGUCUCACGAGACCCGUGGCCGUCAGAGCGGCACGCAGACCGCAAGAUUUACACUGGGAGCUGCCCAGAGCUGCUACAAAGGUAUGUAACCGCUUGCUGCCGGCUCCCCCUGCACAGCCCAUGCCACUGGACCACCAGGGAUCAAGAUAUCCCCCCUCCCUGACCAGUUAACAAGCAGGAAGGGGGGGACAAAAAAAAAUUUAAUAAUAAAAAAAAUAAAAAUAAAAUAUUAAAAUUUAAAAUACUACACAAACACACACACUCAGCAUUAUAUAUACACACAGUGUGUGUGUGUGUGUAUAAUUAUAAAAAUCACAGAAUUUCAUAGUUUUACCGUCGACUUAUCCACAAGGCAUAGCAUAUUUCACAGUUGUUGGUCACAAAACUGCACUCGACUUAUACACUGGUAUAUACUGGUAUAUUGCAUUCUUUAAGUCCAUUAUUUGUGUGAAAUCUCUGUUAGUAAUAAUUCGUAAGUCCAUUAUACAAUUACUCAAUCGUGACAACGUGCUUCAUUUAGUGUUUAAGUCAGAACACUAUUUAAUUUAGUGGAGAGAAAAAAAAUAAUUCUUUGUCUCUUCAUUAUCCCUUUUUCUUUUCCUUUUCCUUAAUCCUCUUCAACUCUCUUCAACUAUCUAGCUCUCUUUUAAAUAUCUCCGUUUGAUUGUCCAAGCUGGAUUUGAUAAAUUCCUUAAUUUGCUAGAUUAGUAAUGUUACCUUUGAGACUGUCUGGUAGCCCAGGAAUGAGAAUGAGCAAAAAAAAAUUAUAUUUGGCCAGUGUUUCUGACUAAGUGGCGACUAAAAAUGACUGGACAUAUACCCCAUUUGCAAUACCUUGGGUUGGCAUACCAUUUGCAAAAGAAGACAUCAUGGGGGUAAUUCCCAUUCCUGGGCUACCAUACGCUCUCAAUGGCAUCAUAACCAAUCUGGCAAAUUUCAAUGUGAAAAAAAUGAAAUGCAAGCCUUAUAACUCUCUUAUAACUCUCUCUAACUUUCCAAAACACCAUAAAACCUGUACAUGGGGGGUAGUGUUAUACUUGGGAGACUUCACUGAACACAAAAAUAAGUGUUUUAAAACUGUAAACGAUAUUACAACAAUAUCGUCAGUAAAAGUGCAGUUCGUGUUUGAAAAAUGCCAAAAACUUCACUUUUACUAAAAUAUAAUUGUUGCUUAUAUGCAGAAAAUAGUAAGCACCUUAUAUACAUUUUCUUGUGCCACCCUUUCUUUUCAUGCAGGGGAGUUUUACACCUUUAAAUUUUCUCAUUUGCCUUUCAUGCAGGGGAAGUUUCAUACAGGGGAAAUUUUCACCUUUAUGUUAUAAGGACCUCAGAACAUCUUGUCACCGUGUCAAUAUAACAACAUAUCCACUUUUUCAUAGUUUGCAGGAAUACAGAACUGUUAAAAGGUUGUUUGAUGUAUACUUGCUUUUAGCAUUUAUAUUGUUCGUCCCCUGUAAUCAUAUAUUUCGUCUCCACACAAUAUUACAAUACAGUAUUGCCAAUAUUGUCUUCCACAGGCAGUUUACACAAGCAGUUGCUCCUGUCUCACAGCCACAGAUUACCGAUCCACCUUAAUUUCUCAUUUUAAACGCCACUUCCUCGUGGCAUAGUCUCCUUCGCCGGCCUGUGAACGCUCCAAGCCCCGCCUCCUGGUGCGUGCGUGCUUACGUCACGUCCCGCUCUUAAAUAUUUUAAAUUCUAAUCUGGUAGUAUUGUUUUUCUUUCUUGUUUUGUUAUUCAUCAUAUAAAUCUGUUUUUAUGAACACUAGGUAGUUAGCAUGCCUCUUUUUUUUUUUUUUUUUUGGCAAAAAUAUUUUUUCUUGUUGCUUAAUCUAAAGCUAUACUUUUAUUUACAACAGUCGUUAAGGAACAUUUUAGCCUUAAGAACACAAACCUGUCCUAAUGCUAUAAUGCACCUGUCCCUAGUUACAUUUAGGCCACCUCGCCUCCCAACAUACACACACACACACACUUUUAAAAUAAAUGUUUUACUCACCUUUUACCAGCGCUUCUAAUGCCGAAUACGCACAUGCGGAAAGCUCAGCGCGCCCAUCCAACGCUUUUCAUAGAAAAGUAUAGAAUCCUAUGAGCUUCCAUCAUGUGACUGUUUUACUCUGUCAAUGCAGUCGAAGCAGGAUGUUUAACUGCAGUGCAUUGCAGUUUGUACUUUGCAGGGUUAAAACUACAGAACCACUUAAAUGUAUUCUGUUUUAUAAAAUGUGUAUGUUUUAUUUUAUGAUUUUGUAAUUUACGUAGCUGGGGUGGCAGUAAGUGGGAUAAUUGGGAAACUUAGUGCUGGUUAGUUAAGAGAAAAAGGUUUAAGUCUGUUUAGUUAUAAUUAAGUUCAGUCUGAAAAUGCUUAAAAGGUUUACUGCUGAUGAGGCUUAUACAGUUUUAGCGGCUGUCUCGGAGAUGUCUGAGUUAGAAACAGGGGCUAAUUCCCCUGACGCUGCCCAAGACGCAGAAGACUUCACUCUUAAUAAUCUGAAAUUCACACGUUUCUUAUGACACUGAAACAUAAAAAAUUUGUGACGUGCAUACAUUAGGGUUAUUGUUGUACUCCACAGAUAUACCUGAGCAUAAUUUCAGAGUCUGUAUCGGAUUUACAGAAUGUGCUGCAUCCAAAACAUUUUAUUAAAAGAAAUCUGGUUUAACCCUUUAAGGACAGUCAUUUGUACACGUUCUGAUAUAAACAAAACCUGGAAUUUGCCCUAUAUGUCUGUUCAACCAUAAAUUACCUCUUUAUAUUAAGUGUACCACACUUAUAUUUUGUUCAGGAGAAACCGGGCUUUCAGGGCUGUACUGUUAUACUCGGUAGACUUCACUGAACACAAAUAUUAGUUUCAAAACCGUAAAAUGUUGACCAAAAAAGCUGAAUUGGAACAAUACUCUAUCAGCUAUGCUUUCAGUUAAGGCACUUUAGUCUUAAAUUUCAAAUUCACUCUGAAUUCUCAUUUUAGUGCAUUACCCUGUAAGUAAUUCAAUGUUUGUUUUUGUUUUGUUUUUUUGUUGUAUUUUUUUCUAAAUACAUUUUGCAGAUUAGUGUUGAGAUAUUUAAAUACUAUUAUGUUUUUACAGAAUGGUAGCAGGAGGCGCACACCAGGUGGAGUGUAUCUGAACUUGCUGAAAAACACACCAAGCAUUACAUCAGAGCAAGUGAAGGUAAAAUACUGCUACAAAGCCAUAGUGAUUAAAGUUAUUUUACACAUUCAUUGUUAUUGUGACUGAGGCCGUUCUGACGCAUUUGUUUUUUGACAUCGGUGGUGGGGGUGGGGAAGGGAAUUCACGGGAGAGCUCUGUGUGAGAGACAAUCAGGCCGCAGAACAAUCUCACACUUACCAUAGCAGGGGAGAAACGCUGUGAUGCCAUGUAGUACAGGUAAAGAACAUUAAGGUAAUGAUUCUCUAUGAGAAUAUUUUACUUCCUGUAGACAUCCUCCAGCUUCCUAAAACAGGUGACUAAAAGUAGGCAAAACUAGAUAGAGGGGGCUGCAUUUCAUCCUUCUAAUGUCAAUAGUGUGACGAUCAUUAACCUGAGUAAGAGUGAUUUCUACUUCACCAGCUUUCAGUUUGCUUUAUUCUAUUUAGCACUUUCAGUCCUGAAGACCAGCAGUGUAUAAAAUACUUUACUUUAGUGUACUGUUUUACUUUUUUAUUUUUUUUUAUUUUAGGAAAUCUUUUUGGAAGAGAACCAGAAGGAAUAUGCAAGUAAAAAGGCAGCGCAAAAGAGAAGGCGGCAUAUAGUCGGGAAGAAGAUGAAACAAGCUAUCAAAGGUCUUAGUUUUCAGGAGCAUGAUGAUACUUCAAGAGAAACAUUUGCAAGUGAUACCAAUGAGGCAUUGGCUUCCCUAGAUGAUGAGCACACGGAGAUGAAACCUGAUACUGAAGAUGUAUUUGAUAUUGAUAAUACCCACGACCUUGAGACUUUUUAA